AUCCCCUUGAUGGUUUGACUCAGCUCUCUCACCUUCCCCAGCUCAAUCCUCUCUCUUAGAUCUAUUCAAUUUCAAAUCUAGGGUGUCGUUUUGCCGAUUAUUUGCGUUCGCCGCUCAAAAUUGCGAACGUAUCCGGUUCAAUUUGCUUGGGCAUUAAAAAAUUGAUCUCGUCAUUUAACUCAAUUACAUUCAUAUAUUUACAAAGUUUUGUUUAAUUUGAAUUAUUUUUGAGAAAAUUGUUGUUAGCUGAUUCCAUUAGUAUUCCUGCUAAAGAAAUGGAGACGCAGAAGAUCGUAGACUUUCCUUACAGGAGUAUGGAUAAGCGACCUCGGAAGCGACCUCGUUUGACUUGGGACAUGCCUCCUCCUCUUCCUCCUCCUUCUGCUGCCGCCAAGGUCCUUCCAACAAUAUAUUAUGGGCAACAGUUCGCAAAUGGGCUAUUACCAAACUAUGCAUACUCUUCAAUAUAUUAUAAAGGGGCUUCUCGCAAUGGAUCCCCACCUUGGAGGUCGGAUGAUAAAGAUGGACAUUAUGUAUUUGCGAUUGGGGAGAACUUAACACCUCGUUACAGGAUACUGAGCAAAAUGGGUGAAGGGACUUUUGGGCAAGUUCUUGAAUGCUUAGACAAUGAAAGGAAGGAAAUUGUUGCAAUUAAAGUUGUUCGUUCAGUACAUAAGUAUCGUGAAGCUGCUAUGAUUGAGAUUGAUGUCCUACACAAACUUUUAAGGCAUGAUGUUGGCGGUGCACGUUGUGUGCAAAUACGGAAUUGGUUUGACUAUCGUAAUCAUAUUUGUAUUGUUUUUGAGAAGCUUGGUCCAAGCUUAUACGAUUUCCUCCGCAAAAACAGCUAUCGUUCUUUUCCCAUUGACCUUGUUCGGGAGUUUGGCAGACAACUUUUGGAGUCUGUAGCAUUCAUGCACGAUCUUCGCCUGAUUCACACUGAUCUAAAGCCGGAAAAUAUUCUUCUUGUCUCCUCAGAAUAUAUCAAAGUGCCUGAUUAUAAGUUCUUAUCACGGUCCAUAAAAGAUGGUUCCUAUUUCAAAAAUCUACCCAAGUCAAGUGUUAUUAAGCUCAUUGACUUUGGUAGUACAACAUUUGAGCAUCAGGAUCACAGCUAUGUGGUGUCAACACGUCAUUACCGUGCUCCUGAAGUUAUUCUGGGUCUUGGUUGGAACUAUCCCUGUGACAUGUGGAGCGUAGGUUGCAUACUAGUUGAGCUUUGCUCUGGGGAGGCUCUUUUCCAAACACAUGAAAAUCUCGAGCAUCUUGCUAUGAUGGAACGAGUGCUUGGUCCCUUGCCUCAACACAUGAUCAUGAGAGCAGACCAUCAUGCUGUGAAAUAUUUUAAAAGGGGUGCAAGGUUGGAUUGGCCAGAGGGUGCGACUUCAAGAGAGAGUAUGAGGGCCGUUUGGAAAUUACCCCGUCUUCAGAAUCUGGUCAUGCAGCACGUAGACCAUUCUGCUGGUGAUUUGAUAGAUCUUUUGCAAGGUCUUUUACGUUAUGAACCUGGAGAGCGUCUUAAAGCAAGAGAGGCUUUGAGGCACCCCUUUUUCAAUAGAAAUUUCGGAAGGGUUGGAUAUUCUUUGUAAAUGAUCUAUUCGGUAAUUUGUGUGACAAUAGAAGGCACACUGAGCUCUCUCCAUCUAGAAUUCUAGAUUUGGAAGGAAAGUAGUGGAAUUGUCAGGCAGGGAGGAAAAGCAGGGGAAGUGUGCUAGUUUUGCCCUUGCUGUUACUACUCAAGCCGCAUUUCUCGGGUAUUCUGUAUAGCAACAUUGCCACUUUCUGUGCGUCAUAUACCGAACCCCUGCUUUUUUGGCUUGGAUGUGUCAUUGGUUCUCCCUUGUAGGAAAUAUAUUUCUUUCUUAUUAUUCUCGAGUGAAGAGGUUAUGAUGUGAUUAAUGAUUAUUUGCUGGAAAUAUCCUCCUUUUUCAUUGUACUAAUUACCUUGCGGAGGUUUUCACAAUAUGCUACUAUUUUCUGGCUACCUGCAGAACUCUGGACAUUAAUAAGGGGAUAUGUAACUAUGCAGAAUCGGUGCAGUCCAUUCUUCUCUGCAUAUCAAUCCAGAUUCAUGUACAAAUCGGAGGACUGAUCUUUUGGCAAAAUUGAUGGACUGACAAGAAUAAGAGAUGAAGGUAUGCGCUUUAUUUCACAAGUUUCUUUGUAAUUGUUGUAUCGGGUGAUGAAUAUUUAAGAUAAACAUAAAUGUCAAUCACAAGUUACUUUAGGAUUAUUGUAUCGGGUGAUUAACUAUUCAAAUAAACAUAAGAUGAAUGAAUCACGUAAAAAUAUACUUGGUUGAUCAAAUGAUAGUAAGAGUGUGCAGCUGUAGCUAAAUGGUCUGCUCUUCAUUAAACCUUACCAGUUACGGUAUACUUAACUGUAACGGACCUUGGGUGUAUCUAUAUCGAAUAAUUUCAAAGUGAAAAUGUGAUCCAUCAACUCUUCCCUUCCCUUUUUAA